UCACGCGUCUGUCCAUGUUCACUCAGUCCUGGAUGAUCACAGAGCCAGCAGCAGGAACAUUUUAGCCAGUAUGAGCAGGUGGACGCUGUCCUUUCUUCUGCCGACACUAAUGCUGUGUUUUACAACUGAAGCUUUCAGACAAAACACAACCCAAGUGAUGGAGAAAACCAUCAGGACACAACCAGACAUCACUCCAAUAUGCACCAACUCAACAUUUAUCACACAUAUAUUCUGUAAGAUCAAAAUACUGGGGAACAUGGAAGAAUGUUAUUUAUCGUACGCACACCCAGAAGACUUUAAGCAGAACUGUAGCAGCAGGUUCAGACUCAUGACAGAAAACCACACUGUGUUUCUCCACCUGGUGGAUUUAACACCAGUGGACAGUGGGAACAUCUGCUGUCUGUGUUCAACCAUUGAAGGAACCUCUAAACUUAAGCUCAACAUCACUGUAGAAGGCAUUUCAGAGAAUGAAAAGAACCAUUCUCCAACACCAUCUAUUUUCUUUCUUUAUGCUUUGACUGUUGCUGCUGUGUUCAUCAUUAUACCUGGAAUAAUUGUUUUAUUUGGCUACAAGAUGACUCAUAUCAGACAACAACCACAGCCACUCAGCGGUCCGAACAGCAUGGAACCACAAAUCGAACCGUACAGCACCUUCAUACAAAGAGAGAAUGGACUUUAUUCUACUGUGAACCUGCCAACCUCUUAGAGCUCGGACACACUGAACUGAAUACUGAACACAAAUUACAUUUUGAGAUAAUAUAAUUACACUGAUUUUGCACCCAUGCGAUUCAUGUUUUACUAUUGAAUUAUAAAGAAAAAUGGGCUUAUUUUCCUCAUGGUGGCACUGUUUCCUUUACAAAAAAUUUUUGUGAUACAAUUAAAACAUACAUCAAAAAUAUGCAACAAACAUAUCAGCAUACAUGUAUAUAUAUGUAUGUAUGUAUGUAGAUAGAUAGAUAGAUAGAUAGAUAGAUAGAUAGAUAGAUAGAUAGAUAGAUAGAUAGAU